UGUAAUGAUAUAAAAGGAGAACUUACGAUGUUUCGAAUAUUCGAAUUUAUUCACAAAUUUUUGCAUUAAUUUUAUCGACAUGCAAGUAUAAAAACAUAAUGCUAAACAAGUAGGCGAGUUAAUUCUUCUGUUGAACGGCAAGUCAAACGGAUGCAAAGUACAAUCGAAGGUCCGCAUUUGUCUGACGUGUUAUGCCAUGAAAUGUGCGCGGAAUAGGAGAAACAGACACGAUCGACAUGUAUUAUCGAUACGAAACCGAUAUUAAUAUUUAUGAAAUCGACAGUUGAGCUACUUGUUGCUCACUACUUUACACUACGCUCGCAUAUCUCAGCGGUGAAAGAAUACACAUAUGGCAAAGGAAGAAGGAAUUCCAUCAAUUAAUAACGGAGUCAAUAAUUGAGCAAGAUAAUUUGACGUGAUUGCCGUGCUUAGUGACAAAUCCAAUAGAGAUAAUUUCGUGUUAUCAGCUUACACAAGAUUGAUGAAAUGGCGAAAACAAAUACUUUAGGAUGGAUCGACUAUCUGGUUAUAGCGGUAAUGCUAUGUAUAAGUGCUGGAAUUGGUAUCUAUUACAGAUUUAGUGGAGGUCGUCAAAAAACUACGGAGGAAUACUUCAUUGCAAAUCGAUCAAUGAGGAUUGUUCCAGUCGCUGUCGCUAUAGUUGUCUCCUUUCUGUCUGGCAUAUCACUGCUCGGUUUGUCCGCUGAGAAUUACAUAUACGGGACGCAUAUUAUUGUAAUAAACGUAGCAUAUCUGUUAGGCACUUUAAUUAUGUGUUAUGGAUUUCUACCAGUAUUCUACAAACUGCAGGCCAUGAGCGCUUACGAAUACUUAGAAAAGCGUUUCGGAAUAAGAGCUAGGUUGACGGCUAGUUGCGUUUACUGGCUUCAGAUGCUUUUGUAUUCAGGAGUGGUACUUUAUGCUCCUUCUCUGGCGUUGGAAGCGACCACUGGAAUGUCUAAGACUGCCAGUAUCAUAAUUAUUGGCCUUGUAUGUUCCUUCUAUUCGAGUACAGGCGGCAUUAAGGCAGUGCUAAUGACCGAUGUAUUUCAAGGUCUACUUAUGUUUAUCUCCAUGCUCCUAAUUAUUGGCACAGCCGCGAAUGAUGUCGGAGGAUUAGGGCAGAUCUGGGAAAUCGCGAGGCGGGAGCAACGACUCGAGUUUGAUAAUACUGAUCUGGAUCCAACAGUAAGACAUACUUGGUGGUCUCUUACAUUUGGUGGUCUAGGUACAUAUUUAAUACUUUUUGGCGUAAGUCAAGUACAAAUACAGCGUAUAAUGACUCUAAAAAAUAUGCAGACCUCGCAAAGAACUGUAUGCCUGACUUGGCCCAUUCUAGUACUUUUUUUUAUCACAAUUAGCUUCUCAGGAUUGGCGAUAUAUAGUAAAUACCACAAUUGCGAUCCAAUUCUCAAGAAAAGAAUUAUUUCACCUGAUAUGCUUAUGCCACUCUAUGUUAUGGACACAAUGUCCAAUAUGCCCGGCGUACCAGGCCUUUUCGUUGCAGGUAUUUUUAGCGCAGGCCUUAGCACGAUUUCUGCAGCACUAAAUUCUUUGGCUGCAAUAACGUUGGAGGAUUAUAUAAAACCCUUAUAUAGAAAAUCUAUCGGGCAUGAUUUCUCCCCUACAAAGUCAGUCUUCAUCGCUAAAGUGCUUGCUUUUAUGUUCGGUAUCAUUUCUAUCGCGCUGGCAUUUUUAGCGCAAUUUUGGGGCGGAAUAUUACAGACUGGCACAAUUAUUUUCGGAGUAGUCGGUGGUCCGUUGUUAGGCAUUUUCACGCUUGGCAUGGGCACAGAAUCGGCGACGGAAGGUGGUGCAAUAGCUGGUGCACUUACAGCAUUUUCAUUUUUAUUUUGGAUCGUUUUAGGUCAGCCACGGCCGAUAUCACCUAAAUUGCCAAUUACUAUUGAAGGCUGUAAUAAUGUUGCAAAUAUAACAAUGUUCGUUUUGCAGAACGUCACGAACUUCUCCAAAAGCACCGGUGACAGCUCGUACUUCUAUUUAUAUCGAAUUUCGUACAUGUGGUACUCUCCCCUCGGAUUCUUAAUAACGUUCUUACUUGGAUUGCUCAUCAGCAGCUUGUCUCAUUUAAUUUUUAAGAAUCAAAACGAUGAGUUAGACAUUAAUUUAUUCUUUCCCAUUAUAGCGCGGCGUAUACAUUACAGACGACGUAACAACGUAGAGUGUGAAGAAAAUUCUGCAUUAAACAGAAUGUAUGCUCUCAGUGACGUAAUCCCUCAGAAAGAUAAUGCUGCCGAUAAGAUCUGUGUGAAACUUUAAUAAUUUAAUUUUAAUGUUGUUUCAGAAUAGAUUUCUGAAUGAGACAAAAAAUAUUUCUAAUGCUAUUUAAUUUUAAUAGUAAUCUUAUGCACUAUAAAAAUAAAACGAUUUUAAAAUUA